CAUCUAGCUUCCCUUUCAAAUCCAAUCUGAAACUGAAAGCAUGCUGUCCACAGGAUAAAAAGGACACAUCACUCACUGCCUUCUGCCACCUUGCUAGAAGAGGCCAGAGACCCAGCCACCGAAGAUCUGCUCAGAGUCUCAUUACAUCCUAGAAUAACCUGGGACUUGGGAUGCCCCUGCCUCUACCUCCCAAGGGCUGGGAUUAUAGAUGUGUUCUGUCAUAACUGGUUGUCUAGGAAGACUUCAAGUAUUCAGCUGUUUUUCAACGUGAAGAUGACACCAAAAAUUCUCAUGUUUCUCCUGACUUGGUUGUUAAGCCAGCAGGUGACAGACCUGACUGAGCCUUCCAAUCUGGACAUGGCUCCCAAUGCAUUUGAUGAUCAGUAUGAGGGCUGUGUCCAAGAAAUGGAGAUAAAAGCACCUCAGUUGUUAGAAGACGACUUCAACAUGAAUAAGGACUUAAAAGUUGUGUGGGAAAAGGCAGAGGAAAAAUGGAAGGAGAUAAAAAAGACAAGGAACUUUCCCAAAGGUUUCAGUGAUUACCAUGGAACAGCUUUAGUAACGUAUACUGGGGACAUCUACUUCAAUUUUAACAAAGCUGUUAGAGAAUUUACGGAAAAUCCCAGUAACUUUCAGUUCAAGGCCUUCCAUUACUACUUAACAAGAGCUCUUCAGCUUCUGAAUAACAAUAAUUGUUACACAGUUUACCGAGGCAUCAAGAAACAUUUUAAUUACAGUGGGAAGGGCCCUGUGAGGUUUGGGCAAUUUACUUCCGCAUCUUUGGAAGACAGAGUAGCUCUUGGUAGUUUUGGUGGUGCUAGUGGGACAAUGUUUACUAUCAAAACCUGCUUGGGGGUUCACAUAGCUGAAUUUUCCUACUACCCUCUUGAAGAGGAGGUGUUAAUUCCAGGCUAUGAAGUAUACCACAAAGUCAGUGUAACACCAAGUCGAAAGCUUAAUGACAAUAUUCUUCUGGAUGUCCCACAAAGAGGGAAAAGCAACUUCAAUUGCUUCUACAGCUCAGGAACCAGACACAGCCCUGCAUUCCUGUUGCUUGUGGUGCUACCUGGUCUCCUGGUCCAGCUGCUUCCUCUUGCUGAGCUGUAACAAUAGCUUUCCUGCAGUUCAUGGGGUUGAGUGCUGAAGGGAGGGCAAAGGGCUAGAACUGGGAAGGUUCUCUAAGGUCUGUGGUAAAAUGAAGUGGUGAUAAUUUUGGGGGGUAUCUACUUUAAUAUUCACGACUUCCACAGACUCUCCAGGAACUUACUGGGUCUGUCAGUGAAGCUUGAUUCUGACUUCAGAUUUACUACCCUUUGAUACUUUGCUAUGAUCAAAAAGCAAUGUUCAUCUGCAUCAUCAGCGCUAACAGCUUUAAAGCACACAAUGUGUGAUGAGUGUCACCAUCUAGUGAAAUAAACCAUGUAUAACCAUA